UAUAGACAGAAUAUCCUUUUAUGCUUGAUGCAUGAGCACAUUACCUACACAUGUGAACAAACUUGGAGGUUUCGCCUCAGAAGGUAUCGAUUUCCAGUGAACUGAAUCAUUCGCUAAAUGGCAAAGGCUCGAGCUACACCUGGCGGAAUUACGGCCAGGACAUUCCACGUGGGAACAAAGCAAGUUCCUGCAGUAUAAAAAGGCCCCCACAUUACGCCGAUCAGCUUCAACCUGUGGCCACAUCCAACGACGUGUACUUGUCUCCUGCUUUCCUAGUGAGAAGAGGUAUACUUCGGAAAGUUCGUGAAAGCUCGUGAAAGAAGUUCUGCCGUGUGAAAAUUGCUUCAUUCCUGACCAACAUUUGGAUACCACUGCUCGAGAUGGCUUCGAUUCUGCCUGCAGCGCUGGGAGGUGGCGAUAGUGACAGAGUCCUGAAAUCGAUGGACGCGAACCGGUAUGCCACCAAGAAGACGAUCGCCCAGGGUAUGCUGGACAUUGCCCUGUUGACGGCCAACGCGUCCCAGCUCAAGUACAUCCUGCAGGUCGGAGAAAAGCACGAGUUCUACACCCUGAUGCUGACUCUGAUUAGUAUCUCAAUCAUACUGCAGGUCACAGCCGCCAUGCUGGCGGUUAUCCUAUCGCUGGUUAACUUUCACAAGGGAAAACUUCAGCAGCAGGUCGCGAACCUUCUCAAUCAUUUCUCGCUUGGCUUCGUGGUGAUGGCACUGUUCUGCGAUAUAAUCAAGAUGAAUUUUGGCCUGGAUCCGGCAGUUCCUUACAUUCACAGUUAGAACCGUUACUAAGUUUUUGUUCUGCUUUGCAAAAUGUCCAGAUUGCCCAAGGCGUCGCCUGUAUCGUGUUGGCCAACUUCGACAUCAACAAGGAGACCAACCACAAGGUCGCCAACAUGGUCCAGAACAUUUCGCUUGGCUUCAAUAUGUCCACGGUGGUGAUCAACAUUAUGAUCAAUGCCCU